CCUCCUCCCCCCCUCUCCUCCCUCCUCCUCUACCCCCUUCCUGGAAAGACCCCCCACCCCCUUCUCUCCCUCCCCGGCCUCACCCCUCCUCACCUCGGCCUCCUCUCCCUCCCCCCAGCCUCUCUCAAGGCCCAGCCCAUCUGCCUCCAGAACGGCCCUCACCUCCUGGCCUCCAUGCAGCUCCAGAAGCUUAACUCCCACUACCAGAGUCUGGCCGGGGACCAGGGGGCCUCCGGCGUUCCUCAGAGGGGAAUUCGGGGCCUCGUCCCUGGGCACGGUGGGCACACCGGUCGUCCCUGGGGGGGCCCGGGGUCCCUGGGGAACCAGGGGGGUGGGACUGGAGGGAUCAUCGACUUUGCGGUGGAUGAGGAGGUGCUGAUGUCGCUGGUGGUGGAGCUGGGUCUGGACCGGGCCAAGGAGCUCCCGGAGCUCUGGCUGGGCCAGAACGAGUUCGACUUCAUCGCAGACGUGCCGGCCGGAUGUUGACCUCCCUGGACGGAUGGAGGGAUGGAGAGAGAGAAGGAGGUGAAAUCUAUCACCGCCUUUUUUUCCCCUCGCCUGUUUGUGGAUGGAAACACUGACUACCCUGCUUGGGCAGAGGAUUGUUUUUUUCUUUUUCUAUCAUCCAGUCGUUCACACUGGAGGGAUGGAGGAACUCUCUGGGCUGCUAAAACCAAACAGAUGGGAAGACUUUGGACAGUCGUCUUCUCUCCUCUCUCCUUCGUCUCUCUCUCUCUCUCUCUCUCUCUCUCUCUCUCUCUCUCUCUCUCUCUCUCUCUCUCUCUUAUCACUUGUUCAUUUCCCCAUCUGUGACGAACGAAGGAUGGCCAUGCACAUGCACAUAGAGAGCAUUUAAAGGGAGGAGGGAGAAAGAGGAGGGAGAGGAGAGCCUUAUUGAAAACGAUACUGACACAGAGGACACCUGUGUACACUCGUUUUUACCCCCCUCCUCCUCCUUCUCCUUCUCUCACCCUCUCAUUAUUUCGCUGUCUCCUCUCCUUCCUUGAGGAGCGAAGGAGACAAACACUAGCUCCUGAAGACCCUCCCUCACCAAUCACAACAAUCACACUAUUGUGAAGUAGCCCAGGUUAUCUUCAAUGGACCCUACCAUCUACCAGAUUUGGAUCGUACCAUUUACUCAGUACCCCUGCCCCCACCUAUGGACCAUAGCAUUUAUUACCAGACCCCCCCCCUUUCUCUCUCUCAAGUUCCUUCUCUCUCUCUCUCUCUCUCUCUCUCUCUCUCUCUCUCUCUCUCUCUCUCUCUCUCUCUCUCUCUCUCUCUCUCUCUCUCUCUCUCUCUCUCUCUCACUCCCUCUCUCUCUCUCUGUCCCUCUCUCUCUCUCUCUCUCUCUCUCUCUCUCUCUCU